AUGGUUACUAAAGGGUCCACUGUGCUGGCUUUGUCAAUUCAGCUAAGUGGGUUUUUCACACUCCUCAAAUCAAAACCCUGCAUUCACCAGAAAAAAUGUCUAACCCUUUUCACCACCACUAGCCAUGCCCAAAUCAUUUGCACAAGUGGAAGUUUUUUCAUCAAUGGGUAUUGCGUCUUCCCUCCAUCCACGCUACGCCUCAAUCCAUCUCCAAUCCUCUCCUCCCUCCGUAAUCACAUUCCACUGUUUCACAUUCCCAUUUCCAAUCUCCGAUUCCACCUCGCCACCACCACCGCCACAGCGCCGACGACGCUCCCGACGUCGUCGUUUCCAACAUUCCCCGUCCUACCCCCACUUUCCUCCGAUCAAUGUCCCGUUUUUGAUAGCCACGCGCGCCCAGGUGAAUGCAGCUUCCCAAACGAAUCGCGAACCCUGGAACGGGUCCGAAACAACGUGAUGUGA